AUGUGGAGAAUUAGUAAUGUAUACGGGAUAUGUUUUAUCGCCUCUAUUGGCGGUGGCCUCUUUGGUUUCGAUAUCAGUUCGAUGUCAGGAGUAUUAGGGACACAGGCUUAUAUUAGAUACUUUGAUAAUCCGCUCGGUUAUAGGCAAGGAGGUAUUAGCGCAGCGAUGCCAGCUGGCUCUUUCGCAGGAUCCGCUAGUUCAUCCUUUAUUGCCGAUAGAUUUUCGCGACGGACGUGUCUUCAAAUCGCCUGCAUUAUUUGGACUAUCGGCGCAAUAAUCCAAGCAGCUUCUAUCAACGUCGGAAUGCUAGUCGCUGGCCGUAUUAUCGCCGGAUUUUCUGUUGGCAUGGCUUCUUCCAUGGUCCCGGUCUACCAAUCCGAGAUUGCGCCGAAGGAAAUUCGUGGAAGAGUCGUGUCGCUCCAACAGUGGGCAAUUACAUGGGGAAUCUUGAUCCAGUAUUUUAUUCAAUACGGAUCAUCUUUUGUUUGUGGUGGGGCAAAGAAUCCCAAUCAAUGCACUUCCGCCUUCAGGAUCCCAUGGGCAGUUCAAAUAUUUCCCGCUGUUAUACUGUUUGUGCUACUAUUCUUCUGUCCUUAUUCCCCUCGUUGGUUGGCCUCCCAAGACCGGUGGGAAGAAGCGAAGCAGGUCCUAGCUGAUUUACAUGGGAACGGUGAUCUCAACAAUGCGAAAGUUGCUGCGGAAUAUAUCGAAAUCGAGGAGGCUAUUCGUUUCGAGCGAGAGCAACAAACCACUCCGUGGCAAGAUCUUAUGGCGCCAAAAAUUCGGAAGAGAGUAAUCCUAGGUAUCGCUAUUCAGGCUUGGUCCCAACUUACUGGAAUGAAUGUUUUGAUGUACUACAUCGUUUAUGUUUUCCAAGGAGCAGGCGUAACCGAUCCUCUUCUACCCGCAUCUAUUCAAUAUGUCAUCAACGUACUCCUUACAUUGCCUGCAAUUCUAUUCAUCGAUAGGAUAGGUCGCCGCCCGCUUCUUCUUGCCGGAUCGUUCUUCAUGAUGACCUUCCUAUUCAUCACUGGCUCUGUUCAAGCGGCGUAUGGACAACGUAACGAUGACCCAGAAUCUGCCACCACCUGGGUGAUGGUAAAUCAUGAGACACAGGCGCGUGUCGUCAUCGCUUGCUCAUACCUCUUUGUCGCGACAUUCGCUACAACUUGGGGCCCUUGUAGCUGGACCUAUCCAGCCGAAAUUUUCCCAAUGCGGGUUAGAGCGAAAGCAGUUUCUCUUUCCACGAUGUCUAACUGGCUCUGGAACUGCGUAUUAGCUUUUGCGGUGCCACCACUACUGCGAUCUAUCAACUGGAAAAUGUAUUUCAUUUUCGCGUCCUUUAAUGGGGCUGCUUUGAUCCAUAUGUUCUUCACGGCUGAGGAGACAAAAGGACGGACAUUGGAAGAGAUGGACGAUGUAUUCUCGGGUAGUUGGUGGAAGGCGUGGAAGAAGAAGGAUGCUUCGAGUCGGUUGGAUAGACAGAUUGCGGAAAUAAAAGGGGUAGCUGAGCACGACGAGCACGUUCCAAGUAAAGCUACGCAGUAG